GAGGAUUCGCUGGUGGUCACCCACCCAACUACUAACUCACCGGCGUGUGGCUUAAGUACGGCUGAGCGGACGGGAAGCCCUGUUUUCCACACCCUAUGGUCGUAUGUAUUAGGUUAUGUGUGGAAUAGAAUUAUAAUACGGAUAGGGAUGCCUUACUACGCAGGUGAGAAAGGUCGACUACUAGAACAGCUUAUUAGCAAGAAAGCCAAUACCGAGGCCUUACACGUGGUCAGUAGGGCUCUCCCUAAAGACAUGAGCUGGAGCAAUUGUACCGCGGGAAAUGGUACUUACUUUCCUGGCUGCGUCCGGAUCCCGAGUGAGUCUGGCAAGGCUGGUGAAUGCGGCAACUGCCACUUCGGUGGUCAGGGCAGACGAUGCAGUCUAAAGACCGUCACGCCACAACCACACUCUUCGGCUAGCGCCCAAAAGCCCUGCACACCCAACCAGCCUGUCCCAAGCCUUGACCAGGAGGAACCUAAUGCACCGGAUAACACGCGCCUACCCUCAAGUCCAGGCCGCCAUCUAACGGAACCCCUAGCUCAAAACGUCAGCUCGGAGGCCAUUGUAACUUUAGAGCUUUGCAUUCUGGGUAUAGACACCGAUAUCGUAUCGCUCUAG